CCCAGAUGAUUGCAUCUGGAGUGAUUUUCGGCAUUGGGAGCGGAUUUCAGGAGAUGGCGUAUGCCUGUAUUCAAGAAAUCGUGCCCAACAAAUGGAGAGUCUAUGCUGUUGGCGGCUUCGAACUCAUGGCCAUAACCUCCUUCCUUGGACCCCUCUGCGCCUUCGCCUUCAUCUCAAAGACCGCGCUAGGCUGGCGUGCCGCGUACUGGUACAUGUGUGGCUUCCAUGGGUUCUUCGGCAUCUUCCUCGCGCUCACGUAUUUCCCGCCUUCCUUCAAGACUAAGCAUCGCACCGACGGCAAGACAAAGUGGCAGCUAGUCAAAGAGCUCGACUUCGUAAGCCUCUUCCUCUUCAGCUUAGGGUGUCUUCUUUUCUUGCUCGGCAUCAACUAUGGCGGGAAGCAAUACCCUUGGAAGUCCGGUCACGUCAUCGGCCCCAUAGUCGUUGGGCUGCUCUCUUUGAUCGCACUGGGGUUCUGGUCCGCGUACGCCGAUCUCAAGUACCCGCUCAUGCCACGCCGGCUGUUUAAGAAGGUCAGACGGUUCACGAUGGUGUUAGGCGUGUGUUUCUGCGGUGGCAUGUUGUAUUACUCAAUGAACGUCCUCGGGCCCCGCCAAUCCCAACUUCUCUUCACCGGCUCCGACCCCAUCACCAAAGGCCUCUAUGCCGAGCAGAUCCCCCUCGGCACCAUCAUCGCCGGCCUGAUCGUGGUCUUCAUCUGUUCGCACCUCGGGCACGAGCGAUGGCAGCUCGUCUUCUUCGAAGUCUGCCAGACAGCGCUGAUCGGCUCGCUUGCGAGCAUUGGGUUAGAUGAUAAGAUCCAGGCGAUAUGUACGGUCGUGGCGCUGAGUUCGAUGGUGACGCCUCCGCAGUUGCUGAGCUUUACGAUGCUGAGUCUCGGGAUUGAUGAUCAGGUUGAUAUCGGUCUCGCUGUCGGCCUAGCUUCGACAUUCCGUCUCCUCGGCGGAGCCGUCGCUACCGCCAUCUACACCGCUAUUACGAACAAUGGUUUCGCAUCACACAUCGCUAGCACCGUCACUGAUAACGUCGCACCUAUUUACUCUUUUCCGUCCUCGUCCCUGCCCGCGUUGAUCAAAGCCGCGGCUCUUAACACCGCCGCUGCGUAUAAGCUAGUCCCGGGUAUCAACCCGCAGGUUAUUGCGGCAGCGCAGUCGGCGGUCAAGCAGGCGUAUGUGUCUGCGUUCCAUACGACGUAUUUGUCCGCGAUUGCAUUUGGGGGCUUGGCUAUUGUUAGUGCCAUUUUAACGAAGGAUACGGAUGUGAGGAUGAAGACGGGGAAUAGGGCUGUGCAGUUGGAGAAUGAGAAGGGGAGGAAAGAGGAGGAUGUUGAGGUUGCGGAGACUAAGGAGGUGGAGUCGUAGAGGAGGGCGGAUAGACGGGGCGAGAUAUGAGAGGGCUUCGGAGAGGCUAGAUAGGGAUACCAGCUGGAAUAAGCGAAGAUGUUCGAUCAUUGCCAGUGCUCCUGCCAGUGAGUGACGCGGAUUGAAGACCUCUUUCUCUGUAAGCCCCCAGCGUUCUUACUAGGUUCACUUAAAAACCCCUGAAUUUCAAUCGACGACUCAUAUCUCCCUUUGACUUUCCAACAUGCCCGAAAGCCCAC